AUGGCAGAAAACGCAUUGCCCUUGGACCCCUACUCAUCGGACGAUGAUCAAGAAGAAGACGCAGCAGAAGUUGCUCGACAAGAAAGGCGUGUUGAGCGAGAAAAUCUGAUAUCAGAGUAUGGUGGACUCACCUCUUCACAAAGAAAUAUCGUGCGCGACCCCUCAGCCAGCGCUCGAUCUGCCAUUCUCGCUUUCUCAAGAGAUCCACCGAUUUCUUCGAGAGAUUGGGAAGAAACCUGUAUUUGGGGCGUAAUAGACUAUGAUCAGCUCACUACGGCCCUGAAGUAUAAGGGUUUGACCAGGCAUACAAGAGAUCGGUUAUUGGCAGCUCCCAUCCAGUCAUUCUUGGACAAACCAUGGAGUACCAAAUUCGCUAUGGAAUGUAAGUCGUUUUUGACCUUCUAUUUGAGAGGAUGUCCACAAUCUACGCAGGAUUUUUGGUUACCCAGAAGAGAAUCCAUGAAUUUGGAUUUGAAUGAUUCAAAAUUGGCCGAAGGAACUUUGAGAAGUCAAUUGGUCAGUUCACCAUCUGGAGGUAUAGAUUUGUCGAAGGAAGGAAUGGAGAUGUACGCUUUACAUGUCGUAUCAAUCAUCUCGAAAACACUAUUCGAUCAUUUCGAUUCUAGUGGUUAUAGCAAUAGGCUUGAAAUUCUUCCGAAAGAUAUACCUGGUAGUAUAUUGGAUGUCAUCCCUUACAAGACGAGAGAACACGCAGAAGAUACAUGA